UAAAGGAAAUUGCAAGAAGAAAGAAGCUUUUUACUCGUAAUUCACAGCUAAUCCUUCUCAUAACCAGUAAUAAUCUGCAUGCCAUGUUCCACUUUAUUCGUAUUCUCCUCCUAACGCGAUCAUAAAGCUUCUCUAGUUAAAAAGUGAAGUUCCCCAUAAGACUUCCUCUGCCUUCUCCUUCUCCUCCAGUCUUUUCUAGCACUGUACCUGCCCUCUGCAUUCAGAUAACCAAAAGAAUGGCAAAAAACACUGGGGUUUUGAUUUGUCUGUUGAUAAUGGCCAUGGACAUUGUAGCUGGCAUACUUGGCAUUGAAGCUGAAAUAGCCCAGAACAAGGUGAAGCAUUUAAAGAUGUGGAUUUUUGACUGUAGAGACCCAAGCUAUCAAGCUUUCAAGCUUGCGUUGUCAGCAGCAAUCCUUAUGGCCCUUGCUCAGGUUAUUGCUAAUUUGUUUGGCAGGUGCAUUUGCAUGUGGUCUAGGGAAGAUUUUGCCAAGGCAUCUGCUAACAAGCAAUUAGCCGCAGCCUCCCACAUCUUCUCAUGGAUUAUAUUGGCAGUUGGAUUCUCCAUGUUGAUUAUAGGGGCAAUGUCAAACUCAAAAUCCAGGAAGUCUUGCGGGUUAUCCCACCAUCGAGUGCUCUCUAUAGGAGGUAUUCUAUGUUUCAUUCAUGGACUUUUCAUAGUUGCCUAUCAUGUAUCUGCCACUGCUGCAGCCAAAGAAGAAAGGACACCUCCGCAAGGAUCUAAUGCUUAAGCAAGUUCUAAUUCAUUUCCCCCAUUUCUUUUCCAUUUGUUCUGAUGUUGCCAGAUUUGUUUUGUAACACUAAAAUCAUUGUGUAGAAAGGCAGUAUGCCUCAGACACAUUUGCUAAUUAAAUCAGCCAGUAGAGUAUUUUAUGAAAGAUAAAAACA